CGAGUUCGAGUUCACCACCGAUGAGGAGAAGCAACACUACCAGCAAAAGAUCGACUCAUUGGCUAAUAUCGUCAAAAUGCUUGAACUCAAGGCCAAGAACUCGGCCGACCAUUCGUUUCGUUUGGAAGAGAAGGAAACAGAGAUGAAGAAGGAGUACAACAAACUCCACGACCGAUACAACGAAGUGCUCCGAAGUCACUGCGAACUCAUGGAAAGGGUUAAGAUAUUGAUCGGAACCGAUGAGGGCAUGUCAUCUCUACCACCAAAUAGUUUACCAAAUUUUAGCCUAAAAUCGCAAUUAAAUAAACGAAACGAUUUGGAGGGCAGCGGAGAAGAGAGCAAUUAUAGCGAACAUAUGAGACGCGACUCCAGUAGUCCCACUCCACGACAGGCCUGGGCUGACACUGAGAUGUCACUCGACGACAAUCCGCCGUCGAUUAUAGAAGACAUGGACGAUAUGCGCGAUCGGGACAAAGACCGCGACUAUCAGAGUUUGACUGGAAUGGAGAAAGAGAUCGAGAAUUUGAUUACAGAAAACAAUGAAUUAUUGGCGACAAAGAAUGCCUUAAAUAUAGUUAAAGACGAUUUGAUUGCAAAAGUGGAUGAAUUGCAGAGCGAACUGCAGAUGUGUAUGAAUGAAAUACAACAAAGAGAUGCCGUCAAAGAGAGACUCAAAGGUCGCAUCCAAGCCAUCGAAGAAGAGCUCAAGAAAUGC